AUGGAGAUUUUUAACGAAAAAGCAAAUUCAAUUUCCUUCGACAGGCGAGAUCGCUCACGAACCCCUCUGCCUCCAAAAUCAGCCACCCCAAAAUUCCUCCCCUCUAUAAAAAGAAAGCACAAGUCAACAGAAAGACCAUCAAAGCAUAAAUCAGACAAAAAAGAAAAAAAUUCAAUAUCACGUGAAGAGUCAGCAUCAAUAGGCCUAAAAUAUUAUCGGCUCCCUUCUAACUACCCUAAGCAUUUCGAUACGUUUUCUGAGUACACUAACAAAGAAGGCAAACAAAUUCCGCUACUGCACCGUGGAAUUGUUGUGAAAACACUAUAUAAUCUGCAUAGAGAUGUCCAGCCUAUAGUUAACAAAUUCAAUCUCCAUUAUGCAGCUUUGAGCGAAAACCACCCAACUAAAGGAAAAGCUGCGUUUACAAAUAGAAUUCCAUUAAAAUUUUUUGGGCCGAAUGCACAUGCCCAUCAUAUUUUAAUUAGGAUUAGACAUCCCAGCUCACCUAAUGACCCCAAAAAAUUUUAUAAUAAAUCAACUCUGCUUGCAAUACUUUUCCAUGAAUUAGCGCAUAUAAGACACAUGGACCAUAAGCAGGAUUUUAUGCUAUUAAUUAGGGAUAUAUAUUCAUAUGCAAAUAGGAUUAAUUUAUUUCCGAAAGAUGAAGAACAUCAAAUGCCAAGCUGCAGAGAAUGGGAAAAAUUAAUAUAUAAUUUCAAAGGCCGCGUUUCUGAUGAAGUUUUGAAUGACUUAUAUAAAUCAAACGAUGCAAGUUUUACAAAUUAA